UUGAGGACUCCAGACGGACUAUUGGCGUACAUCGACGCGGUUUUCCAUUUGACAAGCUCUCAUGCAGAGUGUCGCAUUACUGUCUGGAUUUAAUAUCGAAAGAACUAAGGCGUAUGCGAGAAUUGAGUACCGAUGUCUACGAUCGCUGUGGUUGUGUGGUUAGAUCAACACAUCAGAUCCCCUGUGCAUGUGAGCUGCGAGCGGUGGUCGAUUCAGGUAACCCGAUCAGCCUUGACAGUAUACACCCGUUUUGGACGAAACUUGUUAUUCUCGGCGAUGGGUUGGACACAUCUGCGCAACCCGAUUUUGCUGGUUUUCAGACUGAGGAACAUCAGUAUUUUCACGAGGUCGCCGACGAGGUCAUGACUAAGGAUCCUUCAGUGUUGCGUGAUAUUUCUCGUAUUGUUCGAGAGCGACUUCACCCCGAAGACUUAGGCUACAUGGAACCAGAAGUUAAAACAAAUGUCAGAGGUCGACCAAAGGGGAGCAAAUCAACGAAGCGGGAUCCGAGUCGUCAUGAGUACAAGGACCGUGUACCUGGUCGUCCUAAAUCUUCCAAAGCUCAGAAAAAUCGUACAUCCGCGUCAGCUGGUUUGCAAAAUGCGGAGGUUAUUCCAGGAUUCCUUUUACCAUUCGUUGACGAGCUUGUGGACGUGCGUGGAGACGGCAACUGUGGAUUUCGCGUGGUGGCAGACCACAUAUAUGGUGACGAGAAGAUGUGGGGAAUGACUAGAAUGAACAUUGCAAACGAAAUCUCCGCCCACCCUUAUCGAUACGAGGGUAUUUUCAUUGAUGGGUUGCAAGCGGCCAUUACACGUAUUAGCUGGGAAGGCGGAGAGUGUGGCCCUAGCUACUGGAUGCAGGUAUUGGAUGACUUGUUCCCUAUUGCCACUAUCUUCAAUGCAGCUGUUAUUUACAUACAAGGCGGGACGCUACAAAAGACGCGGUUCUCUUCGUUUACUGUUCUGCCUUUGCAUUCCUCUGAGGUUCACUCACGACCAUCGAAGGAGAUAGUGAUAUUGUAUAUUAGUGGACGCGCUCAUUUUGUUAGGUUGAAUUUGCAGGAUAAUUUUCCUGUCCCACCAAUUCCCACCCUGUGGCUCCAGCACAGGGACCAUACUGUUCAGUCUUGGCAUACUUUAUAUGCUAAUAGGAGAGAGCAAUGGGAUAGUUUGAUAGGUAUGGCAGAUUGA